UGGCAAAACAAUCCAAUUGGGUUAUGUAUUGUUUUUCUCCAAUGUUUUACGCAGAAUGAAACAUAGGACCCUUCAUUUACAGUGAUCCACAUUACUUUAAAAAAAAACGUAUCCAGAAAACAACAGGUCACAAACAUUCUAGAUAAUAGUAAACAUGAUUCAAAGAGAAGAGGACUUAUUGAAGCCUUAAAGGUUUUUCCAGAUGUAUGUACAUUGUUUAACCCAAAACAUUAUCUUUGUCCUUAGUUUUCUAGAAAGAAAUAUGUGGGUCAAUGCCUCCUGCUCUUUGUAUAUGUAUAUAUAGGAGCUUGCCUUCCUCAAACAUCUGAAAUAUGUUCAGGUGUUCCUGGAGUUCCUGGCUUACCAGGACAGAUGGGUCUUCCAGGGAGAGAUGGAAAGGAUGGUACUAAAGGAGAUCCUGGACCUCCAGGGCCCCAGGGCCCUCUAGGUGAGAACCAAGGACAACCAGGGAGAGAUGGUCUUCAAGGAUCUAUAGGUGAACCCGGACAAAAAGGGGAAAAAGGACAAAAAGGAGACAGAGGAUUUCCAGGUAUAUCAGGAUCUCUGGAUCACGACCUGCAUAUUCAGAUCUUUGAUUUAACGAAUCAUAUGUCCAAUAUUGUUGGAGCUCUCCGUCUAGAAGGGAAGAUUCAGACAGCAGGAGGAAAGAUGUUUGCCAGCAGUGGAAAGGAACUGGAUUUUGAAGCCUCGGUGGCUGCAUGUAAAGAAGUGGGUGGACGUAUUGCCACCCCAGUGAAUGAAGCAGAGAACAAUGCAGUCUUAACUUUUGUGAAGCUAUACAACACAUAUGCAUACCUGGGUAUUACAAUGAGGGAAAUUGGUAAUAAGCUCCAUUAUUUAGAUGGGACUUCUGUUAAUUACACAAACUGGGAAAAAAAUGAACCUAGUAGUAAUGGAAAAGAGCCUUGUAUUGAAAUGUACACAGAUGGCCAGUGGAAUGACAAAAAUUGUAAUCAAUAUCGACUAACUGUUUGUGAGUUUUAAAUAACACUUUUUUAUACUUUUUGCAAUAAUAUUAGCACUCAUGACUGCGUGUUGAAUUAACUUAGAUCUAUAACUAUAGAAUGUUGCCUUGCCUUAACAAACACUGGUGAAUUGUGAAAACAUAGUAUAUUAUAGUAGAAGAUGUUUAUAUAGAUGGACAUUAAUGUGAUUAGGUCAAAGGUACAGUAUAACUAUAUUAACAAUUCAUAAUAAAAAAAAAAUGC